AUGGCUGCUAAGUACCCUGUCCCAUCCAGCGACAAAAUACUCGCUCUAUCAUGCACGAAUGUUGGCGUUGGCCCUGGUGGAACCACCGCAAUGCUCGCACGCGUCUCUAUCGUAGAUUACAGGGGACAAGUCAUACUUGAUACAUACGUAUCACCUACGAUGCAAGUCAGCGACUACAGAACUGCAACUACCGGUAUAGAAUCUUCUCACCUCCUUUCUCCCGACACGCCUGCCUUCACCCAAGUUCAACAGCACGUUGCUGACCUUAUCAAGGGCAAGGUACUUGUCGGCCACAGUUUGUGGAACGAUCUCUCGGUUCUAGGAAUUCCUCAUCCCGCAGUGGCUACCCGAGAUGUUGCUUUAUAUCAGCCUUUUCGAAACGCUCUUCGGUCCCCUAAUCAGGUGAUCGGCCUCCAGACUCUCAUGUGGCACUUGAUGUGCCGUCGAUGUCAAGAUGGCCAACUUCACCCAGUUGAGAAUGCGCGCGCUGCACUCGACUUGUAUCGGACUGUUUCGUCUGAAUGGGAAGGGGCAAUUGCCAUUGGAAAUUGGCCUUCAUGCCUUCCUCCUAGCACAUUCUCGCGUUGCUAUCUCUGA